AUGGCCUCUACCAGCACCAAGGUCGGACACGGCCUAGCAAAGGUCCUCGGUAUCAAGCUCGAUCAGCCCAACGGCCCCGGGCCAUCCAACACAACCGGCGGUGACUCGGUCUUCUCCAUCGACAGCUCCGACAGCUACUGGGAGGAGGAGCCGACAGCGCUGGAAUGGAUCAAGUCGGUCACCCCAAAUGGCCGAGAUAUCGCACGCUACCUUCGCAAUCUUUUCCCCUUCACGAAAUGGAUCCUGAGAUACAACACGCAAUGGCUUGUGGGAGACCUCAUCGCCGGAGUAACCGUGGGCGCAGUCGUGGUACCGCAAGGAAUGGCAUACGCAAAGCUCGCUGAGCUUCCUGUGGAGUACGGUCUCUAUUCAUCUUUCAUGGGAGUCUUGAUCUACUGGUUCUUCGCUACCUCCAAAGACAUCACCAUUGGCGUAAGUCCCCUUUGAAAGCCCUACUCCAGACGAUCGUUCAUCUCUAACUUAUCCAGCCUGUCGCCGUCAUGUCCACGAUCACCGGAAACGUCGUUCUCGAAGCCGCCAAGAAGGCCCCCAACGUUCCUGGGCACGUUAUCGCAUCCGCUCUCGGAAUCAUUGCGGGCGCGAUCGUCUGCUUCAUUGGCUUGAUCCGAUUGGGUUGGCUGGUCGAGCUGAUUUCCCUCACUGCCAUUUCCGCUUUCAUGACGGGAUCCGCCAUCAAUAUCGCGGUUGGACAGGUGCCCAACUUGAUGGGUCUUGCCAGCGUCAAUAAUCGGGCUUCGACAUACUUGGUUGUCAUCAACUCGCUCAAGCACCUGGGCCAGACGAAACUCGAUGCAGCGCUUGGUCUGACGGCAUUGACAAUGCUCUACAUCAUCCGAUACAUCUUCAACUACCUCGCGAAGCACCAGCCUCAGAGGAAAAAGCUGUGGUUCUUCUGCAAUACUCUCCGGGUGGUCUUUGUCAUCCUACUCUACACGCUGAUCGGCUGGUUGAUCAAUUUGCACUUGAAGAACCAUAACAGCAAGUACUCGCCGGUCAAGAUCUUAGGAACGGUCCCCCGAGGAUUCAAGCACGCAGCAGUACCUACGGUCACCUCAGACAUCAUCAAGCUCUUCGCCAGCGAGCUUCCUGCGUCGGUCAUUGUACUCUUGAUCGAGCACAUCUCCAUCUCCAAAUCUUUUGGACGAGUCAACAACUACACAAUCGACCCAUCGCAAGAACUGGUCGCGAUUGGCGUAUCCAACCUGCUAGGACCUUUCCUAGGAGGCUACCCAGUGACAGGCUCCUUCUCACGCACCGCGAUCAAGUCCAAAGCCGGAGUUCGCACGCCUUUUGCAGGCGUAAUAACGGCCUUGGUGGUAUUGCUUGCCAUCUACGCACUUCCCGCCGUCUUCUUCUACAUUCCGCAAGCAGCCCUGAGCGCCGUCAUCAUUCACGCAGUCGGAGACCUGAUCACACCACCCAACACUGUCCACGAAUUCUGGAGAGUCUCGCCAAUCGAGGUGCUCAUCUUCUUCGCCGGUGUCAUUGUGACUAUAUUCUCUUCCAUCGAGAUCGGCGUUUACGUCACGAUAACAUCUUCAAUGGCUCUCUUGCUCUUCCGUGUCUUCAAGGCGCAAGGACGAUUCCUCGGCCGCGUCAAAGUCCACUCGGUCAUUGGAGACCAUCUCAUCGAGGGAGAAGAUGCCAAGACAAGACGCCUUGAAUUCAACAACGAGAGCGACGCAGACAAGACCGUGCGCAACAUCUUCCUUCCUAUCGACCACCACGACGGCUCCAACCCAUCUAUCAGAACCGAGCACCCGUACCCGGGCGUUUUCAUCUACAGAUUCUCGGAAGGAUUCAACUAUCCGAAUGCAAACCACUACCUCGACUACCUCACAGAAGUAAUUUUCAAGGAGACGCGGCGCACAAACCCUCACAGCUAUCCGCGACCCGGGGACCGACCCUGGAACGAUCCUGGACCAAGAAAAGGCAAGGAGGUCGGUGAUGAUCAUCGCCCAACCCUGAAGGCCGUCAUUCUCGACUUCUCCUCCGUCAACAAUGUCGACAUUACUUCGGUACAGAACCUCAUCGAUGUAAGAAAUCAGCUCGAUCGAUACACAGCACCAGAGCGGGUGCAGUGGCACUUUGCAACCAUCAACAACCGCUGGACAAAACGAGCCUUGGCUUCUGCUGGCUUCGGUUUCCCUGCGUACGACAACGUCGAAUACAGUCGAUGGAAACCAAUCUUCAACGUUGCCGAGAUUGGCGGUCGUCUUAGUGCAGCCGCCGACGCCGAAGAGAAGGAGAAGCGACGAGAAUUGCGGAGCCGCGAUGAUCCAGAACUUGGCCAGCGAAUGGAGGCUGACAGUAUCGCUGCAUCCGACAGCCAGUCGCGAGACAGUGGCGUGGUCGGGUCGAAGUCACAAGCCUACUCCACCACGUCCACCGUCAAGGUUGCAGUCGUACAUGGCUUGAACCGACCGUUCUUCCACGUCGACCUCAGCAGCGCUGUGCAGAGUGCGAUACACAACAUUGAACAUCAUAACAACUCGCAUCACCACGAAGAUCAUUCACUGGAUGCAUUUGGCACGAUCGCGGGUGCACCCAUACCUCCCAGAGGACCGGUGCAAUGA